CAUCCACCCCACGCGUAUGCAAACACACACCCUUCCCCGUUAUUGCGCUGCUGGACUCAGCUCGUUUUUUGGCUUCGCGAGUAGGAAAAGAGUCAGUCGAGGACGCAGAGGAGACGCAGGCGCUUGUCUCUCUUGCUCCUAGUCUGAAUGAAACCGGGUCGAGAGAAAAAGUGACUUUACAGACGGGAUUUAAAGGAAGUGAAGUGCGGGGACUCAAGCGGAAAAGAGAGGCCGCCUUUUUGCUGUUCCCCAACGGACGCACCCGAGAGACCAAAGAGCGCGCAAGCGGCUGAAAAGGGGCAGUUGCCGAGAGGCGUGAUGGCGAGGCUUUGGAAAGCGGAGGUAGCGGCUGCUGGAGCGCUUUUACUUUUGCAGUGCUUGGCUGAUCGGAUACAAUUCAUCGGAGCCAUGAAACCGAAGCAGAGUCUCGGUGCAUUUUAUGAAAUGGUUCAGAGCUUCCCUCGAGUGGAGGAAAAAGUGCACAUGGACUCCUACAGAUAUAGCCACAGAUGGAAACGACAUUCGGAAUUGCUCAAAUCAGUGGACACCAACAGAGCCAGCAUAGGACAGGACUCCUCAGAACAUGGAGGUUUUACAGAUCUACUUCCUGAUGACACACAUGAUAAUACUACGCAAAUUGAGGAAGACAUGGAUCACAAUUAUUACAUUUCAAGGAUAUAUGGGCCAUUUGAUUCUUCCAGCCGAGAUUUGUGGGUAAACAUUGAUAAAAUGGAAAAAGAUAAGGUGAAGAUUCAUGGAAUACUCUCCAAUACCCACCGACAAGCUGCAAGAGUGAAUCUGUCCUUCGAUUUUCCAUUUUAUGGCCAUUUCCUACGUGAAAUUACUGUUGCAACUGGGGGGUUUAUUUACACAGGAGAAGUUGUGCAUCAGAUGUUAACAGCAACACAAUAUAUUGCACCCUUGAUGGCCAAUUUUGACCCCAGCGUUUCGAGAAAUUCUACUGUAAGAUACUUUGAUAAUGGCACUGCACUAGUUGUUCAAUGGGAUCAUGUACAUCUACAAGAUAACUACAAUCUGGGCAGUUUCACUUUUCAGGCAACUCUUCUCAAUGAUGGUCGUAUAAUUUUUGGCUAUAAAGAGAUUCCUGUCUCAGUGACCCAGAUAAGUUCAACUAAUCAUCCUGUUAAAGUGGGGCUGUCAGAUGCAUUUGUGGUUCUCCACAGGAUCCAGCAAAUUCCUAAUGUUCGUAGAAGAACAAUCUAUGAAUAUCACAAAGUGGAGCUUCAGAUGUCAAAGGUCACCAAUCUGUCAGCAGUUGAGAUGAUUCCUCUGCCCACUUGUCUUCAGUUUAACAGCUGUGAACCCUGUAUAAUGUCUCAGAUUGGUUUCAACUGCAGCUGGUGCAAUAAACUCCAAAGGUGUUCCAGUGGCUUUGAUCGUCAUCGUCAAGACUGGGUGGAUAGUGGUUGCCCUGAAGAGUCAAAACUUAAGAUUUGUGAAAAUACAGAGACAACUCAAAUGCCUCUUCAUAUUACAACUGCACAACAGCAAACCACGAUGAGAUUCAGAGUUUUAACAACUACCAAAGGAACCAUUACAUCACAUCUGCCAACUAGUCUACCCACGGAAGAUGAUACCAAGAUAGCUCUACACCUAAAAGAUAAUGGAGCCUCUACAGAUGACAGCACAGAAGAAAAGAAAAGUGCCUCUCUUCACACUGGCUUAAUUGUAGGGAUUUUCAUUCUGGUUCUGAUAGUAGCUGCAGCAAUCCUUGUGAUUGUUUAUAUGUAUCACCAUCCCACCUCUGCAGCCAGUCUCUUCUUCAUUGAGCGUCGCCCAAGCAGAUGGCCUGCAAUGAAAUUUCGGAGAGGAUCUGGACACCCCUCAUAUGCUGAAGUGGAACCAGUUGGUGAGAAGGAAGGCUUCAUUGUAUCAGAGCAAUGCUAGGAUUAUUCUGUGACAAAUCACCAGUACUGGCCUACUGGUGUGAGAAGUUUAUUCUGCCUCACAUUUUUAAAAAAGAAACUUGAAGCUGCUGUAACCUGAGGAAAAUAGCUUGGAUUUCUGGAGAAACCAUAAAGGGGAGUAGGUGAUGACCCUUUACAGAGUGUUUUGUUUCAGAGCCAUCUGGCAUACAAUAUUUCAGAAACAUGUCUCUGAAACACCUACAAUCUGAAAAUAAAGAAUAUAUUUGCCAUGUUUUUUUUUUAUUUCGAGAAAAAAUAUAGAAUAAGCCAGAAAAUGUACCAACAGCUUUAAUUCAAAAAAGUGUUUCCCCACAGUAUUUGAUGCAGUAAAGUAGUUUGGUUUUUAACUUAUAAGGAUUUUUUUUUCAUGCCUCAAGGCAAUCCUAUAACAGAUUAAUCUGUUAGUGAGAUCAACCUGAUGCAAAUAAGAUAGGUUAGUCACUACAUGUAUUUCCAUGAGUACUAUCACUUUGAUUUUUCUAAUACAUAGCUAUCAAAUAUAAUCAGAAAAAGUGCUUCUUGUAUUCUGUUGGCCUUUAAAUUGUAAUUGGUUAAUCGCGACUAUAGUUCUAUAGUUGACAAAGCGUUAGAGAGAUUUUUAAGCUUUAGGAAAACAGAAAAGGAGCAAGAAUGUUUUUCACUGUGAUGAAAUUAGUCUCUCCAAGGGGAACAUAUAGUGAAAUUGUACUAACAUUUAAAUAUUCACAAGAGGGAAACUGGGGUGCAUGGGUAUGCAUCACUUACCGGUAGUUAGAAAUAAAUCCCAUUGAGCUCACUGAGACUUAUUACUGAAUAAUUACAUACAGGGCAUUUAGGAAAAGAGGUUUUUAAAAAGUCCAGAUGAUGGCUACACCAUAGGCACCGUGCUUGUAAAAGGAUGUGGGGUUUCAAUCACAUAAUUGCAGUUACUCUCUUACAUUUUGAGAAUAUUCUUGCAGAUGAAUCUGGCACAGAGGAUUGGACUGCUAUCUUUGGGGCAUUAUUUAUACCCCAGAAAGGUGGUCUCAAAUAGAUGAAGUCACUAUUUAAUUGAUAUUGGAAAAAGAACAGCCUUGGAACACGGGGGGGGGGGGGGACUCUCCGUAUAUCCACAUAUUUUCACAGUUCUCCAAGAGCAGUAUUUUUGCACCAGUGCCCUUCUGCCAUAGAAAAAACAUGAAACCUAUUUCAGUUCAUAUAACACAAGGCAGGCUCUUGUGGCUGUUGAUAGUGCAUUGUUUUUGUCAUCCUGAUGAUGGAAAUAGAUGGCAUUGCUGCAUAUUUCCACUGAGUUGUAAAAUAGUCCUUAGUAUUAAAAUAAAUGUUUAUGUUGCAUAAGAGAAAGUGGUUCAUUUAAUUGCAGUGUCCUAAUUUUGACUGCUUUUCAGAGCCAAAUUUUCUUUAAGCAACAAAAUAAAACCUUUCCUACUCUCAGUGGGAAAAAUAUUUUUUACAAAGUCCCAAUGAAAUAAUUCUUCAAAUAGAAAAUAGAAAUGUACCCUGAGAUCUUAAAAAUUAUUAAGAUUGUUUUUACAUUUUGCACGGAUAAAAUUCACUAUUUGCAUUUUUACACACAUAGAAACAGUAUUUGGUUCAUGGUAGGGUAUUAUCUGCAGCUUCAGGUUUCAAAUUGUUCAGUCACUUUUCUUGGAUAGCAUCUUUAUAAUACAAUCGUUUACAUUUCAUAUCAGUACAUCUAUGGUUCUUGUUUUUUUUUAAAAAAAAAAAACAGACUAUAACACCAUGAUUUUUACUUGUUAUUUCGUUCAGUAAAAAAUACGAUUAUGUAUUUUCCUGUAUUCAUUCUUUAUUCUGUUUAAACUGGUUUACUAUGUAUUUAGAAUGUGCAAAACCCACCACUUGGGCAAUGGAACGCCAGAAUAGCAUCUCCAAAACAACAUAAGUGGCUUUUGUUUUCAAGGCAGAGCCACUCUCAGAAUACCGCAAACCACUUCUGUAUUCAGAUUAAUUUUCAGAAAUGUCUAGACUAUCCCUGGAACAAGGGUUUGGAACAUCAUUGCUAUGUAGUCACAGUUCAUCAAGAGCAUUGACUUGUGGCUGCUAAAAAUCCAGGGAGUUGUAGUCCAGAACACCUGGAGGGCACCCAAUUGGAGCAAGGUGAUCAAGAGUAUAUUUUUAAAUUUUAUAAAAAAGAAUUUAUAAAUAUUAUUAUUGUAAGUAUUAUUAUAGAGAGCCAGUUUGGAGUAAUGGUUAAGACAUUGGUUUAGUAACCAGAACGCUGUGAAUUCUAGUCCCAGUUUAAGCAUGAAAGCUGACUGUAUGACUUUGAGUCAGUCACUGAUCU